AUGGAAGCUGCCGGUUAUAAAUACAAUGUCACCGCAAAGAUGGCCGCUCUAAGCUCACGACCAGGCUUCAAAUGCCCUGCAUGUUUGCAUCAUUUGCCGUACAUCUACGUGGAUGAAAACGAUCCGAUGCAGUUGACGAACGAGAUUUAUACACAAGUAUUCUGGGAUGAGAAUGAAACCUAUGCAUCUGCAUGGACUCUGCACACCAAAAUCUUUUCUCGCCAAUGCACUUAUAUUUUCAGUGGCUACAAAGAACCAGAAGAAGCUGAUUACCGCGAACUGGAUGGCCCGUCAUUUUGUCAAGAGAUCAACCAAGCCGCAUACGACCUCGUCCUUGAAUCCUUAGAGGGUACAAGAGCCUUGGAAAGAUUCUACGAAAAUGGCGUCCCAAUGCAAAUGAUGGAGGACAACGUGGUUAUUGCAGGACCAAGUUGGCUCGAGUUUGGGCUUGAAUACAAUGAAAGAAUCGUUGAUGGAAAAGUUGACGCGCUGGAGAUUGUUGCUAGAUCGCUGAAGACUCCAUACGAAUUCCCUUAUUUCCCUAAGGCGCCUGAUCCACGAUGCUACCAUUACUGUCAUCUCCUUUCUCCCGCCAGAAUCGCGGAGUAUAUCUUUACUGACUCUCUUCGCUCACAACUCGGGGAAUAA